GAUUUCACGACUUCACAACUUUCCAUUUUCCAGGUUUUUCUGGGACUCCGAAUAAACUCUUCAAAGGUGUUCUUCAUCUUCUUCCUCAUCCUCUCUACUAAAGUUACAGAUAUUUCAAAUUGGCGUUGUUGGAAAUGGAGGAAACUAUUGCUAUCUCUGAAACUGACAAUUCCUCUCAGUCUUCGCAGUUUAACUCCGCCACUUCUCGCGUUAUCUGCCGUGUAUGUCAGAAGCAGUUUUCGCAAUAUACUUGCCCUCGCUGCAACACCAGGUACUGCUCCCUUCAUUGUUACAAGACUCACAGCCUCCGAUGCACUGAAUCUUUUAUGCGGGAGAAUGUUGUGGAUGGGAUGAGGCAGCUACGCCCUGAUGACGAGAGCAAGAAAAAGAUGCUGGAAAUACUCAAAAGAUAUCAUGCUGAAGAUGAGGAAGAUGACAUGGAUGAGGAUGAGGCAACCCUCUCUGAAGAGACAAUUGAAACGGUUCUAUCAGGAGGUGAAAUAAAUUAUGACGACCUAACCGCUGAAGAGAAGAAACUUUUCCAAAGAGCUAUAGCAACUGGAGAGUUGAGCAAGAUGAUCGAGCCAUGGGAACCAUGGUGGUUAAAACCUUCUGCUCGAACAAUAUCUCUGAGUCACAACGGAACCCAACUUAUCCAGCCUUUAACAAGUGGAGAAGAAGCAUCAGGAUCAAACUCCGAUGAAAAAAACCUAGAGAGUGAAAUUCCACCUGGACCAGAGACACCAUUACCGCCACUUAAGAAGCUUACUUCCGCAGAGCCUUCCCCACUUCUCGCUUUUCAUCUGGUUGACAUUCUAUACAGUUACUGUUUCACCCUCCGUCUUUAUAACGGGGAUUGGUCAUCAGAUGCUAUCGGAGCUUCCACGGUAGUCACUACUGUAUCCUCUGUUUUGGGCCAAAGUGGUCAACCAGAAUCCAUGUUAGAAACUGUUUCAUAUUGCUUAGAACAGACUUGUUCUCCGGCGUUUAGACACAUGGGUGGUUUACAGUUUGGGUUUGGUGUUAUUGAUGAUGUAGUGUCCCUGAUUUCCCUUGGUAGGGCCGGUUUAGUCUGUGGUUUAUGCGACCUGCAGAGGAUGAUUGAGGCAGGAGAGAUGGAACUGAAAACCGAGAAAUCAAGAAAAGGGACGAGAUUAGAGGUCAAGAGCAGGCUUAAAUCUGCUGGAAGGAAGAUCUACUUUUUAUUGUGUUGGGUGAAUGAGCAAGACGAAGAAGUUUGGUCUUCUUUGUCAGUUGUUGUUCAGGCUGAAAAGGCUUCCCAGUUGGAAUAUAAAGGCAACGAAAGGAGGAGAUCCGAGAAGAAGACAAAUGACGAAAAUAGAGCUCUAAUAGAAGAGGUUUAAUCUUGAUAACUUUUGUGUUUCAGAUGUGCUAUUGCUGUAUUAUGUUAUCAGUAUUCAGUAGUUUAGGAUUCGGAAGAGUAAAAUAUAGCUGAGCAUAAGAUGUACAUUAGUUUUUUCUUGUAAUAGGUCUUUUGAAUGGUCUAAGUUUUUUGGCCAAUUUGUUAAAAAGGACCUUUUAUAACCCAAAUUUUGCGAGAAAGGACCUUAUAUAAUUUUUUUUGUGAAAUCA